CAUCCAAAACUGGACGAUCCCAUCCGUACAUCGAAACUCGCUCCUAUCAUCCAACGGCGUUAGUUUAACGUGGACAGCGAAUCAGAAACACAAAGCUCAAACGUCGUCGUUUCGCACUCAGCUUCUUCUUCUUCGUUUUCACGCGCCAUGUUCUCCGAUUUCAACCCAACGAUGCUCUCUGGAGUUCCUUAAAUUCGCUUUAACAAGCAAACGCUCACACUUGAAGCGUUUUUCGCAGAGUUCUUGAGAACGAUGGAAGCUUCUAAGAAGAAAGGGAUUGCGAUCAAGAAGAAGACCAUCGAUCACUGGGCUUUUCUGGAGCAUAUUGAAGCACCUAUGUGGGUGGAUUUGAUUCUUGAAGCUAAAUCUGGCGGUGUUGACACAGGUGAUGAUGAUUGGUUCAACACAAGUCACCCGUUCCACCAGAUGUCUGCUCGAGAGUUAAAAUCUAAGUUUUCUCAGACUGGUGAGGAGAUGUUGACAUCAGGAGUUGAUUUGCAGGGAGUAAAUUCGCCAGAGCUUCCUUCUUCUGUCUCGAGAUCAAGGGGCAAACACUACAACAGCAAGAAGUGGGAAGGUGUUGAUCUGAAUAAUUUGUUAGAUAAACAGAAGGGUAUGAGUAGGAGAGGCUUCCAACAAGGUUCCGGCUUUGGUCUGGAAGUGAAACCCAAAUCAAAAUUAGAUGUUAACAGGCCAAAAGGAUUGUUGAGUGGGAAGUCGGGGUUGGUUUUUGAGCGUAAUGCCAGAGGAAAAACUGAGUUCAUGGCCAGUUGCAGCAAUUCAGUCAGUUCAAGUUCUGAUCAGAAGACAAGUAGAAGCACUACAAGGAGCACAAUUACAUCUGAUAUCACUCAGAAGUAUAGGGAGGUAUCUAGCCAACCAUGUGAUCAGAAAAUCAGUUCAUUAGUCAUGAGGGUUACUCGUGGGAAAAGUUGUGUUACGAGAAAAGUAUCGGGCAUUCAGCCACAGAAGAAAUGUUUGGAGGUGUCUAGUCAACCAUGUGAUCAAAAAAGUAGAAGUUCAUCCAUUAUUAGCACAAGGAGAAGUUAUAUUUUAGGAAAAGCUUCAAAUGUGGAGAUUGAUAGUGAUGGCAUGCAAUCAAGGGGCCGUAAAUCAUCUACUGGGAAAUCUAGUGUUGGGUCAUGUUCAAACCCUGGUUAUGAAGUUAAGUUUGUAUCAAGGCAGCAGAGAGAGAAAAUCACAGAUGAGAAAGGUGAGGUUGCAAUGAAUCUUGCAGUUAACAAUCGAAGCAAGCCAGGUGAAAUAUCAAAGACAUCUGCAAAAUUUGGUAACAGAAAGGAAAGUAAUAUUACUUUUGGAAAGCCAGCAUACCAUCGAACUGCCAAGUCAUUGGUCCAAUACCCGUCUACAAGUUCAAAGGCUUUGUUACAACACACAGUCAAUAAAGAAAACAUUUGUACUGGUGGUGCUAAGGAGAAACUAAGAAAUAGCAAGGUUAAUAGUUUGACGAGCAAGGGAAAAGAGAUUACUACAAGGAAUGUGACAGCGAAUCAGAAAUGCAUUUCAAGAGGUGUUUCACAGAAGGGUGACACAACAGGAUCAACUGCUUUGACAAAAGUGGGAAGAUGCACCUAUCAACGUGACACAAAGAAUCCAAUUAAUCCAGCCAGAAGGAUUUACGCACGUUAGAGGGGGAGUACAACGUGCUCAUUCUAUCUUUUCUUUUAGGUACUAAAAGCUUUUCGGAAAGUAGCCCCAUUUCAAAAUAUGGCCACGUCACAUGUCUCAGUGAAUCCUUACGUUAGUUUGUUCUAGCUCUGGUAUAUAGCGUGAUUGAGUCUAGCAUGGUUAUGACGCCAUCCUGCAAUUUUGGUGAUAAAUUUUAGUUGCUAUUCUAACAGAAAUAUACCUUUGCUAUACCUUUUCAUCA